CCGGGUCUUUCAACAACAAAGUUCAGUGAGAUAAUUUGACAAUGAAACCCUAGAAGAAAGUUUUAGCACAUAUUUGUUACCAAAGUUGUCUACAAAAUCAAAAUGGCAGAGAAUGGAAAUCCUGAUUAUGUGUGUACACUGAGUGCAGAACUUGUGAAGAAAGCUCAAGAAGAACUAAACGAAAAACCAGAAUGGCGAAGUCGUGAUAUACAAGCUCUGAGGGAGAUGGUAGAAAAGGAAAAAGCUUUAAGAAUUCGUACAGAUGAUGCAUUCUUGUUACGUUUCUUACGAGCCAAAAAGUUUGACUACGAAAGAGCAUUUAAUCUAAUUAUGACACAUUUCAAAAUGAGAAUUGACAAUGCAGAACUAUUUGAAGGGCUGCGUCCCUCUGCUGUAAAGCAUGUUUUAGAGGCUGGGGUGACUGGAGUUCUUCCUCACAGAGACAAACUUGGACGAAGGGUUAUUGUAUUUAGGCCAGGUAAAUGGAAUCCUAGCAAUUUUGGAAUCACUGAUGUAUUCAGAACCAAUUUUCUGACUAUGUCAAGACUGAUAGAGGAAGAGGAGACACAGAUAAAUGGUUUAGUGAUGAUGAUGGAUUUAGAUGGUAUUGGAUGGGCUCAUGCUAAGAGUAUUUCACCAUUGUAUGCUAAAAAAUUCAUGGGUUUAAUACAGGAUGCAUUUCCAGCCAGAUUUAAAGGUAUGCAUUACUUCAAUGAGCCAACAAUCUUUGACUACAUCUUUGCCAUUGGUAAACAGUUUAUGAAGGAGAAAACAGUUUCUAGGUUACAUUUCCAUGGAAACAAAUAUGAAGAGCUUAAAGAAUUUAUAGAUGAAGAAAAUAUUCCUUCAGAUUAUGGAGGAAAAGGUCCAAAAUAUUCAAAUAAGGAAUGGAUGGAAGAACUGUUAAAGCUGGAUGCACAUUUUGACAAUGAAGCCAAAUACGGACUUGUGGAUGGCACUUUAAAGAAACCCACAAUGAAAGAAGACGCUAUAGACUGUAUGGUAGGAUCCUACAGGAAGUUGGAUGUUUAAUACUGACAUUUUUAUCAUACUUGGGAUUAUUGACUAUUACAAUUCAUGACUUUGUUUAACCCUUUUUGAUAAUGAAAAAAUUUCCCCAUGCAAUUUUUUAUUGACAAUUUUCAAGCAUUUACAAAUUUGAAAUUAAAAAACAUGUACUUUUGUCUAUGUAUCUAUUUAUUUUGUAAGAAUUAAUUGGAUGAAAAUAUGCAUUUUUUCUGUCUAACAAGCCACUUGAAAAUUACAGUAUCACUUUUCACAUUUGAUGGGUACUGAAGCCCUUUUCUGUAUUUAUCCUCAUGACCAACUUAUCAUUUUGAUACUAGUUAGCUAAGAUGAUAGUACCUCCUGUUUUUGUUAAUUGUUUAUUGCUAUGUAUAUUUUCCCCACCAUACAUUAACAGUCUCCCUAUGUGUUAUUUACAAUUAACUACCUCUGUUCAAUUACGUUGUGUUUUUAUGUACACUUCAUUUUUUUUUUUACACAUAUCUUACAUAUUUACAUAUUCUUUUAAUGAAACUGUUUGGACAGCAAUGAAGGUUUAAAGCUGAUCAGUUAUGUAUAGGUUCAUUGAUUUAAGCUGUAAAUUUGUUUAUUGUUAUUUUUGUUAUACAUUUAUUUAUUAGAGAGUACACUGAUUAUUUAUGUCUGUUACACAAGGGAGUUAACUCUUUAAAGUUAUUUCUAGGAAGAUUAACUUAUAUAAUAUAUAUAUAGAUUUGUAUUUUACACAAGGGAAAUAAUUCUUUAAAGUCAACUGACUGUAUAAAUGAGGUUGUCAACAUGGACCUCUCUAUUCUUAAAUUGUUGAACAUGUUUUAUUUUAAUUAUUGGAGGAUUUUAUGUCUCAAAUAAAAUAAAUAACAAUUUGAAUCAUAAAAUUUAAAUAAUUUGAAUACGUGUACUAUUUAACAGAUCUGUUGGAUACCCCUCAAAUGUAUUUUUAUUAUGAAGAAAUUACUAGAUUCAAAUCAAAGUUUGAAAUCCAGACGUUUAUUAAAGGUUUUGUUUAUUGGCAUUUUAUAUUGAAUUAUACAAUUUGAUAAUUUGAUUUUUAUUUUGUUUUUCCAAUGAUGGAAUUUUUAUAAUAUAUAUACAUGUUUUUGCAUGCAUUUUACGCAAGAAAUUAUGAAUGAUGGAAUAAUUUUUUAAAUUCAUACAUGUAAAAUGUAAUAUUAAUGUUCUAAAAGAAAAAUUGCAGUUGUAAUAUUGAUGAAACUUUAAAAAUGUGCAUAGUGUUUUAUUGAGUGACAAAGAUCUGAUAAAACGUGUUGAAACCAGUUGUCAUAUUAAAAAUUAACUUUUUGCUACCAAUUUUUUUUUUUUUUUGGGCAAAGGGAAACAACUCUCAAGAAUUAAAACGUGUGGCCCCUGUGUACUGUGGACUCAUGUCUUUUACUGCUUUACAUUUGUUUUUAGAGAAUAAGAAUAAGAAUAAGAAUAAGCAGUAAGAUCAGUAGUUCACUGACAAUUCAUUAUAAUCAAUUAUGUUUACUAGAAUGUAAGAUUGAAAUUCACUUAAACUUGAUAAGCUGUCAAAUAAUGUAUGUAUAGAAAUAUUGUUAAGAUUGAUUUUUGUAAAUUUGUUGACACUAUUUUCUACAAAAUAAAGUUAUUUCUGAUUUCUGUUCAGUCAAAAAGCGAA